CCCCCCCGGCGGGCUGAUUGGCUACCGGAGCCCCUCUGGCUCCGAGCGCGGGAGCGGAGCCGCGGGCUCGUUCCGCGCCGCUCCCGCCCCAUCCCCGCCGCUGCCGGGCUGGCUCCCUGUGCCUGCCGAGCGCCGGGACACCGCCGGCUCUGGAGCCUGGCUGCAGCCGAGAUGCGGUCCCAGAGGCGAGGGCAGCUGCCCCGCUCGGCCCGGCCAGCUCAGGACGGCUCUGAGGGCGGCGCUUCUCCUGGCACAGGACCCUGCUGAUUGCCCUUCCCAGACGCAGGCAGGCAGCUGGAGCGAGCGUGCCUGCAUGAUCCCUCCACAGCCCGUGAGAGGGAAUGCCUGGGCACCCCUGGGAGCCUGGCCCAAUCUCAGAUGCCAACCAGGCUACAGGUGCAUGCUGGAGGCAGAAGCUGGGCUGGUGGAGCUUGGGAGCUGUGUCUGCAGCUGGUCUGCUCCCUCCAGGAACACCAACCAGUGCUGUGUGGCACCACUUUGCAAAUUGUGAAGUUUUCUCCUAUGACCAGAAGUGGAAUUUCAUCUCACUCAGCUUUCUCUUCCUUGGUGUUUGUGAUGCAGUUCCAGUGCUAUCCGUGGCAAAGCAGGAAGGGAGCCACGGAGUCUUGCUUGUGUUUUGGGAAUGGGAAUUCAGACUGAGCUUCAUAGAGGCCUUGUGUUUCAGACCUCCAGUGAAGCAUUCGAAGAGCCUGGAGCGGGCAUGUUCCUGCUGUGGCUGCCCAGGAGUUUGCUGGGCCUGCCUCUACCCCAUCCACAGCUGCCACCAGAUGCCAGCAGACCAGUGGAACCCAAUGUCUCUCCUGCUAACAGCUGGAUCCAGAUCACAUAUGGAUGUGGUACAUCUUGUGGGCAAGCUCAAGGAAGAGAAAACAACAGCUCUCUAGUUGGGCAUGGAGCUCAGUCUCUGGGGCUACUGAAGGAAAACCAGCACCUUGGGGAACUCAGAUGUCCAGCUCUGAUACAGCAUUCCCUCAUGCAUCCAGGAUUUUUCUAAUGAUUAAUGCCUUAAUGCUAGUAUGUUGGUAAGGAAAAAAAAUCCCACAAAUAACAUAUUUUCCUUUUUUUUGGUAUUUUUUUUCUCCUUUUGUGUUCUUAAUAGCUGCUGGGAAGCAGAAAACAGCCACAUGUGAUUUUGUAUUUAAUAAUUCUGAUUAUCUUUACACCUCUUUUUCAUAUGAGCAUAUCUUUUUUUGCAACUUUCUUGUAAUUUAUCUUGAUUUUUUGGUCUACUUUUUAAACAGGUUAUUCAUAUUCUGGCUUAGUUCUUUAUCUGAAUUUAAUAUAACAGUGUCCCCCAAUUUUAGAUAUUUGACUAGAAAAAGAUGGUUCUCUGCUAGUGUUAAGCCUGAUUACAUCUGAAUUUUAUUGCAUGGGAAAACUCUUUCAUAUAUAAACUCAAUCCCGCUAUUGGUAUUUCAAAUCUUUCUGUCUUAAAGCACUGCAGUAAUGCCCCAAGCCUGCAAUCAGACCCAUGUAAGGUAAACUACUCUAUUGACAACAUCCCCCUCAAGUCAGACAGCUCUCAACAUGCACCCACACCCAGCUGUAGAAGACAGAACACCUUUCAUAUUUAGAUUAAGCCCCAGACAGCACAAUCUUCCUAAAGCAAAAUGCCAUUGAUAGUCUUUGGCAAUAGCCUGCUAAAUAGCAAGGGCCAGUUUUUCAAUAUAAUUUUCCCCAUCACAGCAUCUUAACAGAAAUUAUUUCUCUUAUACAUCAAUCUUUAAAUGAGCAGCUUGGUUACAGGAAGUCUAAAGUUGUCAGUAAUA